UCCGCCCAUGUUCUUCAUCCAGAUACUCGGCGUAAUAACCGGCAACUCAUGUGCUUUACUCCACCCUUCUCUCUAUAUAUCACCAUCCAUUUACUCUCUCUCUCUGAGUAUACUUUCUUUUCUUUCAUCAAUCUCUGCAGUGCUAGAAUGGGGAAUUGCUUGAUGACCAAAAAAAUUCUAGCACAAGAUGAAGAAGAUGAGGCCCAAAGGUGUGCAGAAGUGAUGGAAGGGACGAAAUCGGCAACGUCAUCGACGUUAGGAGCAGUACGGCCAAUCGGUGGUGGUAAGGCAAAGACGGUAAGGUUCAGAACACUGGAAGGAGACGCGGACGACAGAGAAAGAUGCGGUAAAACAAAAGGUGGGGUUUUGAGGAUCAGACUUGUGGUGACCCAAAACGAAUUGUGUCAUAUUUUGAACACCGAGUCGAAGUAUACUUCUGUGGAGCAAUUGUUGGGUGCAAUGAAGCUGAGUAGUAGUAGAAGAGUCUCUCAUCAAGGUAGAACAAGUGAUGAAGGGAUGAGCAGCACUUGGAAGCCAGCUCUAGAAAGCAUCCCAGAGGACCGUUAAUGGCUAGCUCUCUUUCUCUCUCUCCAGAUCACAGUACAUCGUUUUAAGUUGGUACUAGUGCGAAGGUUAGAAGAAGCGUUCUCCUUUACUUUGUGAAGCUAUUCAAGUUCUUUUGUUGUCUACUCCUACGCAUUGUAACAUCAUCAUCAUCCCUACAGUAGCAAGCUGGUCCU